AUGUCUUCAUCACUCCCACCCGUGUACAUUGUCUCCGCGGUUAGGACCCCAAUAGGGUCUUUCUUGGGCUCCCUUUCCAGUUUGAGUGCAACCCAAUUGGGUGGCAUCGCCAUCAAGGCCGCCGUCGAGCGAGUGCCAGAAAUCAAAGCCGAAGAUGUUGAGGAGGUCUUUUUUGGAAAUGUCUUGUCUGCAAAUCUAGGCCAAAAUCCUGCGCGCCAAUGUGCACUUGCUGGAGGCUUGACCGAAGCCACCAUCUGCACGACCGUUAACAAAGUCUGUGCUUCCGGGCUUAAGGCUAUCAUCCUCGGCGCCCAAACAAUCAUAACUGGAAAUGCCGAUAUUGUUGUUGCGGGUGGUACUGAAUCAAUGUCCAACGUUCCUCACUAUCUCCCGAAUCUGAGAACUGGUGCGAAGUACGGGGACCAAACCCUUGUCGACGGUGUUUUGAAGGAUGGCUUGACCGAUGCGUAUGGCAAAAAGGAGCAUAUGGGACUAGCGGGAGAGGAAUGUGCCCAGGAUCACACGAUUUCUAGGGAACAGCAAGACGAAUACGCCAUCAAAUCGUACCAGAAAGCGCAGAAGGCUACCGAGUCGGGAUUAUUCAAGGCUGAGAUCGUCCCCGUUGAGGUUAGCGGAGGUCGAGGUAAGCCAGCGAUUAAGGUUGAGAGGGACGACGAAGUCAAGAACCUGAAUAUCGAAAAGCUCAAGGCCAUGCGCCCAGCUUUUCAGCCAAACGGUGGCACUAUCACUGCCCCAAAUGCCGCCCCCAUCAAUGAUGGAGCAUCGGCUUUGGUCCUGGUUUCGGAAGCCAAAUUGAAAGAGCUAGGCUUGAAACCCCUGGCAAAAAUCCUGGGAUGGGGAGAUGCAGCACAAAAGCCGAGCAAGUUCACCACUGCGCCUGCUUUGGCUAUUCCCAAGGCUAUCAAGCACGCUAAGAUCGACGCUGCAAGCGUUGAUGCUUAUGAGAUUAACGAGGCCUUCUCGGUUGUUGCGUUGGCUAACAUGAAGAUUCUUGGCUUGGAUGAAGCAAAGGUCAACAUUCAUGGCGGCUCUGUGGCUAUUGGACAUCCCCUUGGCUGUUCAGGGGCCAGGAUCGUUACAACUUUGAUCAAUGUCCUGAAAGAGCAGAAAGGCAAGAUUGGAGUUGCUGGUAUUUGCAAUGGUGGCGGUGGAGCUUCUGCUCUUGUCGUCGAGUCUCUGCAGUAG